AUAUCGUAAUUUCCGAGUAGGCGGUAAUCAGUGUGGGGAACCGUGCCCCACUCUGAUUCAUAUCGCUUGAUUUCUAAUGAUAUUUGUCGAUUAUAUCGACUGAUUGCAAUUGUAUCGGGUGCCUGUUUUGUGGUUAUCAGCUCAUUGUCCAGUUAUAUGAAGAACGGUGACAGGCAGUGGCAAGUAUAGGAACAGAGGAGCGCGGUACAUAAAGGUCCCUCGGGAUCGGAGAACCCCUUGUUCACCAUCUGCACGGUGUGUUCUUCUUGUCGGGAGCCUCCAGGGGAUUGUCUACAUGCCAGCCAUACAUAGACGAUGAGAAGACAGGCACCCGCCUACCCCUUUCCUGAUACAGCAGGACAAAAUGCUUAAUCAAUCAUUGACAUCAAUAACAGUCAGUAAGAGUUCUAAGUGGACCGGCAAAAAUGAAGCGACAUCUUCAGAAAGAUUAUGGCCCAGAGAAGAAGCUUUAAGUCGACAAGCCCAACAACAAGAGGAAAAGGACUCGGGUCCAAGAAUGACAAAGACAUUUCUGAAGGACCACUGCAAGCAAAAUAAACUCUACAUGACACCUCGAUUGAAUGACACACUGUAUUUGCACUUCAAAGGCUUCUCCACCAUAGAGAAUCUGGAGGAGUACACAGGGCUGAAGUGUCUCUGGCUGGAGUGCAACGGACUGCAGCGCAUCCAGAACCUGCAGGCCCAAACGGACCUACGCUGCCUCUUCCUCCACCAGCCUCCUCCACCAACCUCAUACACAAUCUGGAGAACUUAGAACUACUCAGCAAGCUCUGCACCCUCAAUGUCUGCAACAACUACAUAUGCACCAUCGAAAACAUUGAUAGCCCAUAAUAAGCUGCAGACAGUGGGAGACGUGGAGCAUCUGAGUCAGUGCCUCUCCCUCAGUGUACUGGACAUGUCCAACAACCUGCUGGAUGACCCAGACAUCCUCACUGUGCUGGAGAGAAUGCCUGAACUGGAGAGAAGACAUGCUCAUAACAGGCUCACACAGAUUAACAGUACUGUAUGCAAUAGAGAUCAUAUCAUCUUUAUUCAUUAGUAUGCCCAUGCGCAUGACACACUGACUAUAAAAUGCAAAUACUCUUGCUUCAUGCUGAUAAUAUACCCAAGUGUGUGUGUGUGUGUGAAUACACCCUUGUUGUUCCCUCCUCCUCAGCGCAUGCUGAACCUGAUGGGAAAUGAAGUGAUGAAGAAAAUCCCAUACUACAGGAAGACUAUGAUCAUACAUCUCAAACAGCUCACAUACCUGGAUGACCGACCUGUGUUCCCAAAGGACAGGUGCAUUACCAAUUUGUCUCUUGUUUGCCCAUACAUGUCAUACUUAUGCUUGAGUCAUUGUGUGGUCUGUGAUGUUGGUCCUUGGAUGCUGUAUGAUUGUCAUGUGGUUGCGGUAUGAAGGGCGUGUGCGGAGGCGUGGGGGACAGCGGGUCCAGAGGGGGAGCGCAGGGAGAGGGAAUCAUGGCAAACACAAGAGAGAAGGAAGAUCCAGGACAGUCUGGGCACCAUGGCAACCAUCAAAUCAAAUCAAAUUGUAUUUGUCACAUACACAUGGUUAGCAGAUGUUAAUGCGAGUGUAGCGAAAUGCUUGUGCUUCUAGUUCCGACAAUGCAGUGAUAACCAACAAGUAA